CAAACCUGCCUGUCCUUCUUUCUUUUCGUGUCACUCAUUUCUCACAUCAAAGUUCAAGUCAGAUUGAGUCGCUCUAGUAUGCUGUGGUCUCAUUUACCAUCUCGCUGCUCCAAAUAAAGACAUUGGAAAUCUGCUGCAUACAUGCCCAGAACCAGAACCAGGAUACUAUUAUCUUUCUAGGGGUGCCACAGAAAAGCAAAUCAUCUGCAGCAUUGUCCGCCAAGAGUCUCAUCCUAAACUCUCCCGCCUGGUCGACGUGGAGUCGCCAAACAUGGCCGUCGGCAGUGAGCUUUCGACAACAGAAACCUUCAGCCUACUCUCGCUCUCUGCAGCAUGUGUUGCCAUCCUUGCAAACACAUUCCAGGGUGAUGGCGAGCCGCUGGUGGCUUCUCUUGCCCUGAGUGGCAUCGCUUUUGCAGCGAGCUUCUCCAUGAUCCGCUGGCUGGGACCAACCUUCAUGAAAGCCGGCAUCAAGGGUGCGGAUCUGAGCAAGGUUCAAAGGAGAGAGAUACCCGAGUGUAUGGGGGCCGUCUGCGCCAUCGUGUACCUCUUGAUGAUGAUCGUCUUCAUUCCAUUCCCGUUUUACAAGGAUAUUGUUGCGGCGACAAGUGGAGGCGGCAACCGUGAUGUCGUGCUCCACAUUGAGCAUGUUCAAGAGGGUCGGUUUCUUCACCGAUUUCCUCACAACAAGCUCGCAUCUUUUCUGUCUGCGGUUAUAUCUCUGCAGUCAAUCACACUUCUGGGCAUUGGUGACGACCUCUUUGAUAUACGAUGGAGGCACAAGUUCUUCAUUCCAGCGUUUGCCGCCAUCCCAAUCCUGGUCGUCUACUUUGUUGACUUCGGCGUCACCUCGGUCGUGGUCCCAAUCCCUCUACAGCCAUACCUUGGUGAGCUGUUACACCUGGGGCCUCUUUACUACAUAUACAUGACUGCCAUCGCCAUCUUCAGUCCGAAUAGCAUCAAUAUCUUCGCCGGCAUCAACGGCAUCGAAGUCUCUCAAUCCCUGGUGAUCGCUCUCCUCAUCAUCCUAAACGAUUGCCUUUACCUCUCUACGUCGUACCCCCACCCCGCGACUGACAGCCAUCUAUUCUCGCUAUACUUCCUUCUCCCCUUUGUCGGCGUCAGCAUCGCCCUGCUAUAUCAUAACUGGUACCCGGCCCGCGUAUUCGUCGGCGACACGUACUGUUACUUCGCUGGUAUGGUCUUUGUCGUUGUGAGCAUCCUCGGUCACUUCAGCAAGACGCUUAUCCUGCUGCUCGUCCCGCAAAUCUUCAACUUUGUCUACUCGGCACCUCAGAUCUUCGGCCUUGUCCCGUGCCCUCGCCACCGCAUGCCGCGCUUCCACGCCCGCACCGGCCUCAUGGAGCCCUCGGUGACUCCCUGGACCCCCGAGCGCCAGCCUCGAACCCCAAUCGCCGCCGCCAUGAGGCUCCUCGCUCGCUUCCGUCUCAUACGCCUGACUGAGGAUGCCGACGGUCGCUUCAUCGAGACGACCAACAUGACAAUCAUCAACUUGUGGCUGGUCUGGCGCGGACCCUUGACGGAGCGCCGCCUUGCCACUGAAUUGACCGUCGUUCAGGCUGUCGCUGGCCUGUUUGGCCUGUUUGUCCGGCACCGUCUCGCCCUGGUUGUAUUUAAGGAGGACAACUGGAGUAUCUGAGGCAGUAAUUGCAGUGUUCGGGCAGGAGAGGAUAUAACUUGGGGGCAAAUCGCACGCUUGCUUGCGUCAUAGGUACAGGUGUCCGGGGUAGUCGAUGGAUGUUAAUACAUUGGAAUGUAAUUUUAUGAGGGCUUUUUUUUUUUUUGUUCCUGAUCUCCGUAUGCUGGUACAUAUGCUCAAGACGUUCCAACGUCUUGUACAUUGUUCAAAUGAAAUUCCCUACGAG